UGAAACUUUGAAAACUUGUUUGUUUUUGGAGUAAACACCUUGUGCGAUAAUUAUAAAUUUGCCUAUUUUAUUAUGUGUUUUAUCAUUGUAAUUAAUUAAACUGAUAACGUAAUAGAAGCAUAUUGGCUCAGCAUAGAUAAUGACUUUCAUUAUCAAUUCUACACGCCUGCAUGAAACAUGGUUUAUUAUUUGUUAUUUUUUCUUUACUGUCAGUUGGUGGUAUGCCUAGCCUGGUCAGACGGUGCUGUCCGGAGGUUCCCUCCAGGAUUCAUGUUCGGAGUGGCGUCAGCUGCAUACCAAGUGGAGGGCGGCUGGGAUGCUGAUGGGAAAGGCGAAAGCAUGUGGGACCGCUCAAUCCAUGAGCACCCGGAGCUGAUCUCCGACGGCACGUCCGGAGACGUCUCGGCGGACUCAUACCACAACUACAAGCGUGAUGUGGAGAUGCUGCGCGAGCUCGGGGUGGACUUCUACCGGUUCUCCAUAUCCUGGUCAAGGGUGUUCCCUGAUGGGUUCACAAACAACAAAAACGAGGCCGGGUUCCAAUACUACGACAACCUAAUCGACGAACUACUCAAAUACAACAUAGAACCAAUGAUAACCAUGUACCAUUUCGACCUCCCGCAAAAACUGCAAGACUUAGGCGGUUGGGCCAAUCCACUAUCAAUCUUAUGGUUCGAGGAUUAUGCUAGAAAUCUGCUUGAACGAUAUGGGAGUAAAGUGAAAUACUGGAUUACGUUUAACCAGCCCAAUGGUAUAUGUAUGGAAGGCUAUGGAGACGGCACUAUGGCUCCCUUCGUGAGUGUGAAAGGGAUAGCUGAGUAUAUUUGCGUCAAGAACGUGUUGCUGGCUCACUCUAGAGUCUGGAAGAUGUUCAAUGAAAAGUACCGGGUGAAGAAUAAAGGUUCUCUCGGCAUUUCCAUAGCUGUAAACUGGUUGGACCCUUUUAACAAUGCGACAGAGAAUGUACAAGCCACUGACGAAUACAGGGAAUUUACUAUCGGUCUAUACGUGAACCCGAUAUUCUCAAAGACCGGGGAUUUCCCUCAAGUUGUGAAAGACAUUAUUGCGAGAAACAGCAAGGAACAAGGAUUCAGGAAGUCUAGACUGCCAGUGCUUACUAGUGACGAGAUAAGCGCUAUCCGUGGUUCAGCGGACUUUCUAGCGAUGAACCACUACACCACCUCGCUCGUAUCCAGACCUAAGAAGAAUAACCACCCGUCGCCUUCCUUCGAACACGACGCUAAUGUCAAACUGACUUAUUCUAAGCACUGGGCGGUGGCCAAGUCGCCUUGGUUGAGGAGCGCACCGUACGGCCUAUACAAAGCCCUAAUCUACCUAAACCUGAAAUACGACUACCCUUCCAUCGUCAUCACAGAAAACGGGUGGUCUUCUGACCCUGGGCUUGAUGACACUCAGAGGGUAGACAAUAUGAGGAGUUAUCUGAAUGCGCUACUGUUGGCCAUAGAAGAUGGGGCCGAGGUGUCGGGCUAUGCCGCUUGGAGUUUGAUGGAUAACUUUGAAUGGACUGCCGGGCUGAGUGAAAGGUUCGGUCUAUACGAAGUGGACUUUGAUGCGGCUGAAAAAACCCGAACACCGAGGAAGUCAGCCUUCGUGUACAAAGAGAUAAUUGCUUCUAGAAUAGUCGACGAAGCGUUUGAACCGAAAAGCUUGCAAAUGACUCUGUCGGAUCGACGAAUGAAAAUGAAAGCUAAAGUUGAACUGUGAUAAAAUAAAAUACAUUAUUAGUAUAUUAAGUAUGUAUGUAUAAGAGGUACUUAGGUACAACAUUUAAGUAUUAUGUUCGAUGUACUUACCUAGAUAUUUAACAAAAAUUACUAAGUACCGAAUUACCUGUGCAAAAUAUAUUUAUUUUUAAAGUUGCAAAAUAUAUUUAUUGUUAAAGUUUUAAGUAUUA